GCCUUUUGUCUGUCAUAGCUUCUGCGUCAUUCGCAAACGUGAAUGUGAUUUUGUUUAUCGUGUUCUGAGAGUAAAUGCUGAUUAAUUUGUUGUGUUAUUUAAAAAUAUUAUUUUGUUAAAAAUCGUGGUUUAAGUUUCAUUAGACUAAUACACAAGUGUAUGUGACUAAUUGUCUGCAUUUAAAUUAUUUGUGUAGUGUGUUUGGCGUACUCUAGAGAAUUUUAGUGCUGAGUGAAUCAAUAUUACCUAGCCUAGCCUAACCUAACUGCGCCAACAUGCCGGGAGGGCUCGGGGCCUCGUACAGGUCCCUUGCAGACGAUGUAUACAAAACCACGACCAUUCCAGACAAUAAGUUUAGCGUGGUGGAAUCCGUCAAAAAGGUGUUUAGUUUUACAGCAAACCAGAAACGCUCGGAACCUCUCAUUGCAAAGGAACCCCAGCCAGUCAUCACAAAGAAGAUGCCUGCAUCCGCGGCGCCGGAAGAAACUGCCCUGCUCGGCACAAUGCCUUCAGACAGCAUGGACGACAUAGAGCUGCGUAACAUCCAGCUACAGUUUCCCUCCGUAAGGUCGCUGAGUAGAGACGACCCGUCAGUGGAGGAAGUGAGGGUGGAGACAGACAGAGGCAGUAUAAUGGUGGCAGUGCAAGGCAACCGCAGCAAACCUGCCAUCCUCACCUACCACGACCUCGGCCUCAACUAUGUAGCUAGUUUCCAAGCGUUUUUCAACUACAGUGACAUGAGAAUGCUACUGGAGAACUUCAGUGUUUACCAUGUAAAUGCCCCAGGCCAGGAGGAAGGGUCUCACCCUCUACCUGACGAUUACGAGUACCCGACAAUGGACGAGCUAGCUAACCAACUAAACUUUGUGUUGAGUCAUUUUGGACUCAACUCUGUGAUUGGGCUCGGGGUUGGUGCCGGGGGCAACAUCCUGGCGAGGUUUGCCCUCAAUCAUCCCAACAAGGUUGAAGCUCUAGUCCUAAUCAACGUAGUAUCGACGCAAGCUGGUUGGCUGGAGUGGGGUUACCAGAAAAUCAACGCUCGCUACCUCAAGUCAAAAGGCAUGACCCAAGGAGUGCUAGACUACCUCAUGUGGCAUCACUUUGGAAGGGGCACAGAAGAGAGGAACCACGACCUUGUUCAAGUGUACAAGACGUACUUUGAACGAUUCAUCAACCCCGGGAACCUGGCAAUGUUCAUCGACAGUUACGUGCGGCGGACGGAUCUGAACAUGACACGUAACGGAGCCACACUGUCCAUGCCUGUACUUAACAUAUCUGGAGCCUUGAGUCCCCACGUGGACGAAACUGUCACUCUCAACAGUCGACUCGACCCCACCAACUCAUCCUGGAUGAAGAUAUCGGACUGUGGAAUGGUACUGGAGGAACAGCCCAACAAAGUCAGUGAAGCUUUGCGUCUUUUCCUUCAGGGACUUGGCUACGCCAUUCAAGUGGGCCGCAAAAAGUUGAUGUCUUCGGUGUCGGCUGAAGGUAAUAGUUAACGUAGUGAGCCAGACGCCCGCUUGAUGGCAGCACAGGUUGAUGGUGAAGACAUCUCGGUCCGGUGACUCUCUCCAUAGCGUCUCCUGGCCGAUUCACAUCACGGAGAAUCCCAUCUCCGAGGCAGCCGUGUGCUAAGCUCGAGAUCUGUCUACGCUAGUACUUCACUACACUACUCCAAAGUAGCUUCGACUCUUUAUUGUGCUUUUAUUAUUUAUUCUCGUUUCUAUAGACAUUUGUUGUUACGCCUUUGUACAGUUUAAUAUUGUAUUUUUGUCAGUAAAACUAGGCAAAUGAUAUUUAUAAUCACUGUACUCGCCUGAGCGUAAUGUUAUAGUUGUUGUCGAGCUUACUCGCGUAAGCUUAAAGUCGAGUUAGGUUAAGUCACCGGUGAACUCGUUGGAGUUUGUACACGCUAAUAAGAAUUGAUUUGUUUUUAUGUAUUUUAAGUAUUAUUAAGCUGUAAGAAUAUAUUUGUUUAAAUGA